CGGGCCCGAGCCGGGACCCGGACGGGACACGGUAAAAUAAUUAUAUGAGCAAUUUCAAUUGACCCAUCCACACUACACCGGUUGGGACACGUGCCGUGCCCGUGUUUUCAGAGUGGCCCGGCCGGGCCACGGAAGGGAAUAGGACAGGACAUUUUUUUCCCGGCCCGGUCUGACUUUCAGUCAGCUUCAUAGAUAAAUGUUCUCUAUGCUUAGCUUAGUUUGAGACAAAAAGUCAAACUUUCAUCAGAAAUGGAAGACGAAAUACUGAUAGAAUGCGUGCGGGAGCAUACUUGCCUUUACGACAUGGCGGAUCCAAAGUAUAUGGAUAUAUUCCAUAAAUCCACUAUAUGGAGGAGGAUUGCUGAAAAAUUACACCAACGUGCUCUCAGUAACAUUUUCUCAGUAUCAUUUAUUGUUACAGAAGAGAACUGCAAAAAACGAUGGGGAAAUAUUCGAGAUCAGUUUAAAAAAAAAUUGAAUAGGAGCAAAACUAAAAGUGGUCAAAGCGCUAAGGUCAUCAGAAAAUACAAAUAUGCAGAUAUUUUGCAAUUUUUGCUGCCAUACAUUCAGAACAGGUGCACGUUAUCAAAUAUUGAAGAAGAAAACGAUUCGGAAAAUACUAUAAAACGACCAGAGAACGAUGAGGAAAUAGAUGUCAAUGGGAUAGAGGCGAUAGAGCAAUUUUCUGCCAUUUCUACACCUAAUGUGGAUCCAAUUGAGGAAUCGUCAGAAAUAGCACCUUCCACACCUGCCACGCCUCAUCAGCCUCCUGAUAACCCUCUUCCAAGUUCAUCGCGGAAAAGCAAGGUCGUUCGAAAACGUCGCAUUGCUCGCCAGAUAACUCAAGCAGCAUCAGAUCAAAAAGAAAGCGCAUCCUUCACUUUGAUGAAAUACAUCAUAGAGAAAAACCAGAAGUCUCAGGCCGACAUUGAUCCCAUUGAGGCCUUCUUUCAAGGCCUGAUACCUACUGUUAAACGUUUUUCCCCGUAUUAUCAGCAUCUUGCCAAAGGAAGAAUUUUUUCGGUAUUGCAUGAGUUAGAAUUGGCUCAGUUGAAUCAGCCUGUUCCUUCAUCUGAGAUAUACACAUCACCUACAUAUGAAUCGUCAACGAGUUCGACAUCAGUAAUAGGCAGACUCCAUGGACUUCACUACCGGCAUACACACCAACGUCCAAAGAACCCUCCGAUCAAAGACGAGCAGCCCAACCAGAAACAUCAAAUGUGAUAGGCAACUUCCUUUCAGAGUUCUGCGAAAAUACUAAUUUUUGAAUAAUAUAUGCUGUUUGCUGUUUGUUAA